AUGCCUUUGUCCAGUAAGAGCCGCGGGGUGGGAGUAGAUCACUGUUUGAUUAGAGAGGAACGAGGAGCAGGCCAUGGGCAGAAUCCUCUGUUCAGGCCAGAUCUACAGUUACGGAAAACCCCGGCGAGGAAUAAUGAGCCCCCCGAGCCAGUAAUGUACUACGCCGGAGGACCCAAGGGAACCAAAGUGGUGCGUACCACAACAUCUUCCCAAGCUCCGAGUUCGGGAACAAGUUACACGCAGAGUCCGGUGGUUUACAAAUGCCGAGAAGGACCAGAAAAGGCGCAUAGACAGGACCUCAGAAGAGUGACCUCACCACAAAGCAUUGGUGGUCGCAAAGACGCCCUUUUAACUACGCGCUCUAUAUCACGAGCAGAGUGUACCCCGAACCGGUCUCCGAAAGACAUUCCCAUGUGGCGAGAUAUGGGGUCUCCGCGGGAGGGAGUGCGGCCUGGUCGCGACCAGUCACCGCAGCCUUCUGCUGAUCCUACACAAGUCCAAAGAACAGAGCGCAUGCCUGCUUCAGAGAGCGGAUCCAGUUCUGCCUCUGUCAGACCAGCGAGCAGAAUGAUGAUAAGCUCCUCGCGGGUAGCGCCAACAGUCAGCAACCCAACAGUCAAUCGUAGGACGAUCAAUGGCCAAACGAUCAGCGGUCAAACCGGCAGCGGUCAAACCGGCAGCGGUCAAACCGGCAGCGGUCAGGGAAUAAACGGUCAGGGAGUUACUGGCCCGGUCGCCGGCAGUCAACCUGUUAACGGUCAGCCUGUCAAUGGUCAAUCUGUCAAUGGUCAACCUGCUAAUGGUCAACCAGCCGGUGGCCAAGUGAUCGGCGGUCGCAGAACAAUUGUUCAGCCUGCAAGUGUUCAAAGCUAUACCGCUUCCUCCAUGUCGCGGGGGUCUUCUCCGCAGAGUCGAACUACGACCCGAAGCGCUAACUCCCCGACCAGCAAUGCUUCACAGCACAGUACGGGAACCAGUGGGAGUAGCGGUGCGUCUCAGUUGCCCUUAGGAACUACUAUUCGUGCUGGAGAGGUUAUCACAAGCCGAGAUCAACAAGCGAGGGGUCGGGUCCGAGAUCCUGGAGUCAGAGACCCAGGCAUUGGGGACCCUGGUCUUAGAGACCCGGGUAUCAGAGACCCUGGUAUCAGAGACCCUGGUAUCAGAGACCCUGGUAUCAGGGACCUAGGACCACUCUCCAGUCCAGAGUACUCCACCAGUCCUGAGUACUCCACCAGUCCGGAGUAUUUUACCGGUCCCCAAAAUUCAGCCAGAAGGGUUCCGCCAAAGGUCACGCAUGAAGUUUACCGGCCUCAAGACGGGAGACGCGUGCUGGAGGACGGGAGGCGCGUUCCUGAAGACGAGCCGGCAAAAAAGGUGCGUCCGUGGCAGGCGUACGAAAUCGGUGUAUUUCGGCAACCCGAUGGAUCGCGGAAUCAGCCCCCAUCCUCUCCACGGCCGCCUACUAGCCGUCCUGGCGUGCCGUCAGGCCGACCUAGUGACCGACCUAGCGAUCGGCUUGCGGAUAGACCGUCCGAAACGGUUAAUCAUGAUAGGAGGUUUGAUGAGACGGGGUAUGAUGAGAAGCGGUACGAAGAAAAGCGGUACGAAGAAAAGCGGUAUGAUGAAAAGCGGUACGUUGAGAGACGACAGGAGCCUGCGACCAUUCGGUACGUGACAGGGCGCGACGGAGACGGCAAGGUCUAUACGGCUCGGGUGGUUGAAGGCAAGCAAAUGAUACCGAGGACCGCAGUGAACCCCAACAUUAGGCAACCGACUACAGGUCAGCCGAAUAUUAGGCAGCCUACUCCCGCGCAAGCGAGUAGUGUGCAGCCGGCUAGUGGACAGCCGAAGGUCCUCGAACAACCAAAAAUAGAUUAUGUAGGUAAACCCCGAGAGCCACGGCGUAGAAGUACCGGUUGCGGAGGCUUUCUUGCAGCGAAAGAAAAGUAA